UCUUGGUAGUGAAGGCCAACUGUGACUUUGUUGGGAAUGGUUUCACACAAAGCUUUGAAUCCCCUUACAUACAAGUGCUUCGUUGCGAAAUAAGAUUCCAGAAAGGAGACGAAAGAGACAUCUGGAGCUUCUGUUUCCCCUACCACCAAAGACAGUCUGACACUGUACAUUAGGGAAACAACUGUUUGAUAAGAAGCAACCAGGAUGGACCAAGCAAAGAACCAAGCCAAAGCUAAACCCAGGAUACUCCGAAUUCUGUGGUCCAGGUCCAAUAACCUCUCACCCACAGCCACAUUUCUCUUCAGUGACUGUGUGGGUGUAGCCGCGGCCCGGACCCGCGAGUACCUUGCUUUCGCUGACCCAGAAAACAAGUUCCAGCCAAGUCCUUCUGCCCUGCGCGAGAUCUUCCUCAUGACUUACCUCCAGCGCAGCAGCCAGCUACACCUCGCCGACACCCUCACCUGCACGGCCAUGACCCCAGAGCAGAGGGUCCUCCUGGGGGCCGACUGGGUCUGGGCCGUGCUGGACCUUCCCAGCAGGAACCCCAAAAUCCAGAUUGCCGUCCAAGUCUUGCACGUUCUCCAGGAACCAGAGGCCAACACCACGAGGUCUGACGCACACGUGGAGAUCCUGCACAUGGCCAGCACGGCGACAGUGGAGAGGACGCGCGCGGAGAGGCUAGUGGGCUUCUGUUCGGCUGUCGGGUGGAGCUGCUUCGCUCUCUUCCUGUUCUUCGGCUUCGGGAGCGACCCGGGGAACAUCUGCGGCCUGCUGAGCAACAACCUGCACGCAGCAGUGGGGAAGUGCGUCCGCGUCGACCAGACCUUCGUCCAGAGCUUCUUCAGAGGCGCCAAGCACUUCGUCACAGCGGCUGGGAUGGUGCAAGCUGUGGUCAGUGCGGAGGAAAGCGCUCCUCUCACCAUGCUUGUGAAGUUCACUUAACGUGCUCAUGCCCGGAAUUCACAGCUGCUCUCAGCAGGCAUGGCGAGGAAGUGGUGAAGCCUUGGCACGGACCUUUCCGCUGACAGAUUCCCGCUCCAGGUGUUUCACAUACACUCUAACGUCUAACUAGAUACGACUACACAAAAAGAUCUGAUGAUAAAUUAAGAAUAUGAGCACCAGCAGUAGUACUUUGGUGGGAUUUGCGUUUUGCCCAGAGUCAUAUGUAAUUCAACACCUUUCACUCACUGCUAAGCCAUUUGUAAUGGGAAGUAAACCGCUAUUUAAGAUGACAAUAAGUUUUAAAUUUGAUUUGGUGGAAGUGAGAUGCAGAUUAAGAAAAUAAAUAUCUUUAUGAUCUUU